AUGUACAAGAGUUCAACAGCCUCCAUAAUUAUUGACUGCGAAGACAAGACUUUGCUUCCAGAAUUAGAAGAAUGGCCAUUGUCAUCUCCUGAGGAAGACUUUACACCCCACAUUUGUCAUUUGUGUUGCUGCCCUGAGUCGAUGAAAAUCUCUGCCAGAGGAAGACUCCAGUUCCUUCAACCUGGGCCCCUGAAGCGUGACUGUCUACUGGGCGUCCCACCGCAGCAGGCUCUUAUGACGCUGUCCUGUUGGGAGGCACGGGGGGAGGGGGGCGACCCGUGA